AUGCUCAGGAAGUACAGCACGGCCCCAAAACCAUUGUUCGGUGGCUCUACCCCACCUCCCCCAUAUUCCCACUCAUACCAACAGCUCCAAUCGUCGUUGACCAGAAAACCGUUCCUCGAAAUAGCCCUCGUCAUCGGCGUCGGAGCACUCACCUACUUCGCCAUUGACAACUACAAUGAGCGCAUCAAACUCGAGUCAAAGCUCAACAACCACAUAGUCAAGUCCCAGCAGAUGCAGGAAGUCUACCUCAAGCAAAUGAAUGCCCAGCGCAAGAAACGUGAACUCCAGAUCUUGAACGAGCGCAAAAGCACCCUACAACGACAAAUGAAAAUGGCCCUACACAUCGCAAUGCUCAGAAAACAGCUCGCAGACCUCGGUCAGGACCCCGUUUCCAUCUCAACCAUUCAGCAAGAGUACGCAAACUCCGUCAAGAUGGAGAAUAGCAUAAGUAACGUCAGUGGAACUGCCCUUUGGAUCGCAGACAACUCAGAACUCAAGUCCUAUUUGCCCAAUGCAAGAGAGUACGAUGAAGAAAAGGGUUCCAAUUGA